AUGGCGGCGCAGCGGGCCGACAUGCCACGUCGGGAAGUGACGACAAACCGCCCGCUCAGAGUUCCAGGUCACGCGGUUCCAGCGAGGCGUGGGCCGUCGCGAAGACGUGGCGUUUGGCAUGGUGCUGAGCAUCCUCGGCGUAGCGUGGCGGGAAGAAACGCGCACUGCGGCAGCUCUAAGCGCCCCGGGGGGCAAAGCGGCGCCCAAGGGGAAGAGCGCGACGAGGCCAAAGACGCCCCGCGGCCUGCUAAGGGCAGCGUUUCUUGGCAGCGGAAUUGCUGCCACCGCUUUUCCAUCUAA